CAGUCCGGGUGCGCACCAACAGUCUGUCUGACUCCAACAGCAGCACACAUCUGUCCCGACACGUCGUUGUCAUCACGGAGGAUAAAGGAUUCUCGGCGCAACAGAGCCUGAUGAUGGGCUUUAACUUGGAUUUCUCUGCCAUGUUUGGUGGUCCCUACAACUAAGUUUCCUUGUCUCCAUCCCUGUGCCAAAGGGGGAAGAGGAGUGCAACUUUGAGUGGACCUUUUCUGGGGAAGACAGCGCAAGACCUUCCACGACAGGAAUACCCGGUUUGAUACCGGGUCCCUGCAGCUCGGCUGUGGAAGUGGAUGUUUGUGGUGUAACUUUGCCGCGCCAGGAGAAGCCCAGCAGCCGUGUAAAUAGCGGAGGAGGGGAUGCGAGCCUUGCUCUUGUCUCGGAUAGCGGAGUGGCUAUGAGGAGGGAAAUCAGCUAAACAGAACCAGACCACACCGCACCAACAGAAUGCGGGAGCGGGGCCCUUGUAUGUGCGGAUUCGGUGUGUGGAGUCUACUGCUGUCGCUUUGUCUGGCCUCACUCACUCAUGCACACAGGAGCCACACAGUGCACGUUAAGGCAGGCACGUGCGAGGUAAUUGCUGCCCAUCGCUGCUGCAACAAGAACAAGAUUGAGGAGAGGUCUCAGACUGUCAAAUGUUCCUGCUUCCCCGGACAGGUUGCUGGCACCACUCGGGCCAUGCCCUCUUGUGUUGAUGCUUCCAUUGUUGCCCAGAAGUGGUGGUGUCAGAUGCAGCCAUGCAUGGACGGGGAGGAAUGUAAGGUUCUUCCAGACCUCACAGGAUGGAGCUGCAGCACAGGCAACAAAGUCAAGACCACAAAGGAGGAAGCCGGAGUGCCCGGAGAAAACCCACGCACACACGGGGAGAACAUGCAAACUCCACACAGAAAUGCCCAGGGGAGAAUCGAACCCAGGUCUUCCCGAUCUCCAGGCUGUUCCUGUAUUGGCCAACGUGCUAACCACUAGACCACCGUG